AUGCAAAAGGCACCUAGGAACGCACCCAAGCGAUGCCAGGAAAGCAUUGACAAAUCGGGGGAAGAUCCGGUCGUGUCAGCCCUCAGACCUUACGGCGCGCCAGAUGAAGACGGAUAUAAAGAAACCACGCCUGAUAUGUUCCAGAAAUAUUUUGGAAAUUAUUCAGGAAAUACUAUAUCUAGAGAUAACGAUGAUAUAUCCUUGUUAGAUCAUUUUAUUAAUGAGCAUAGUUAUGAUAAUGAAACACAACGGAUGUCAGCAGAUGAAGCGAAUCCAGAGAGGAUUAUUAAAGACAGCAUAGUUAAUGAUACAAAUGAAAUGGAAAAUAUAACAAUAACUAGACCGGUACAUGAAGACGUUGUCACGAAAUUCCUAAGAUUAAUAGAAACUCAACAUUUACUCGGCGAAAAUUGUACUGCGGGGACUCAUUUAAACUUAGGAGAGGGUGUUGUAGAUAGAUACGCUCAAGAGCGGUUUAGAGUGGAAGCAGACGUUGCGGUAAAUAGAGCAAAUAUGUUGACAAGACUAUGGAAGUACGCAGGCCCAUCUGUUAUGCAUAAUGAAUAUUUAUUACAUGCCAGUGUUUUUUCCAUGGUCGAAUUCGAUGACGACGUUUUUGCAGCAGGAAAUUGCUAUGAUCAGUACCAGUAUAAGGACUAUCAGCUGUUCUGUCCUUUUGCGUAUCGAUUACCAGAAGGGCCGAUAUUAGCAAAAGAUUUGGCGGUUGAGUACAAAUAUUUGAGUAACACCUCAGAAUGGUUUUACAUUGCCCGCAAAAAUGCUGAGCGUGUGAUACGAAACCACAAUCAAUUUAGACGUGGUUACAACACUUACACGUACAACGAUACCACCCACACUGAGCGAGAGCCUGAUGAGAUCCUUUCGGUAACCUACGAAGACGGGAAGUGGUCGAAGCCAUACUACGACUGUGGAGGCGGCAAUAUUUGGAUGCUUACAUACACUGUUCCCUUCUUUGGUUACAGUAAUGGAACGUAUUUCUUCAAAGGCACCAGCGGUAUAGACAUCGAUUUACGUCGCGUUGACAUCGAUCAGUGUCCCUUGAAACCUGGCUCGUCACAACUAAAUAUAUUUGCCGGAACAGAUAAAUGCAAGAAAAGUACAACUGAGGUUAGUUAUUUAGUGUAUUAUAUCGAUUUU